UCCGUCAUACAGGGAGGACAGCGUUCCUUGGAGAGGGAGCGCCCUCAUAGCUACAGUAUAGAGGAGCUGAGCCUACGCUCUAGAGACGACUGUCUCUCCUGGGUUCUGCUGAGCGGAUCAUCUGGGGCUCUUGCACCGCGGUCUCUGGCUUGCCACAGAGUAGGUUUGUUCUCCAGAAGGAUACAGAAGGCCAUUAUGGAAAUAUGUUUUUAGCACCAUGGGCAAGGAUUCAUCCGGCUCGCAACAAAUACUUCUCACCUAACAACCCUUUUGCUGUUACUUCUAUUACGUCGCCGCAGCUGCCUGCCAGACUCGUGGAAUUGGAUACCUGCGUAAUGUUCCUGGAUUAGAGGCUUGUUUCAGUUGCUUUGCCCCCGUCAGCUCCUCUGACUUUUUUUUUUUUUAAAGCGGACUCUAGCUCUGGAACCUUUGUUGCUGACUGAAGGAAGGUGUGUUUGUGAGAAGGAGAGCUAUUGCGUACUGUCUGAGGAAGUUCUGCCCGGAGCUCGCUUUGCCUGGCCUUGUACUUCCCACCACAGCCCCCCAGGGGCAACUACUGCUGGAGCCCCUCACUGCUCCCCCGCCGCAGGGAGGGAAAAAGGCAAGGAGGGGCCUCCGGUUAUGGGGUAUUUUGUUUCCAUGGAAAAUCCCUGUGAAGAGUGUCUCUGCUCCUCAUGACGGGCAAAACAAAUCUGCAGCCUGUGUAUACAUGGAAGGGGGUGUGUAAGCUCUUCACCUGCAUAGCAGCCCGGACAGCCAGCAAGCCUAAAGACAUCCCCACAUUUCAAGAGCGGAAGACGACCACGAAAACCUUAAUUGGAAAUCAUAUGGACGAAGAAAUGAGUCGCCAGACGGCUGCAGCGCUGCCUACAGGAACCUCCAAAUGUGCCCCCUCCCAGCGUGUGCCAGCGCUGUCAGGCACCACAGCAUCCAACAGUGAUCUCGCCAGCCUGUUUGAGUGCCCUGUCUGCUUUGACUAUGUGCUGCCACCCAUUCUCCAGUGCCAGAGCGGCCACCUGGUCUGCAGCAACUGCAGGCCCAAGCUCACCUGCUGCCCCACCUGUCGUGGGCCUCUAGGCUCCAUCCGUAACCUGGCCAUGGAGAAGGUGGCAAACUCAGUGCUGUUUCCCUGCAAGUACGCAUCAUCAGGCUGCGAGGUUACACUGCCCCACACAGAAAAGGCUGAGCACGAGGAGCUGUGUGAGUUCCGGCCCUAUUCCUGCCCUUGCCCUGGAGCAUCCUGCAAGUGGCAAGGCUCGCUGGAUGCAGUGAUGCCUCACCUGAUGCAUCAGCAUAAGUCCAUCACCACUCUGCAGGGUGAGGACAUUGUCUUCCUGGCCACGGACAUCAACCUGCCGGGCGCCGUGGACUGGGUCAUGAUGCAGUCCUGCUUCGGCUUCCACUUCAUGCUGGUGCUGGAGAAGCAGGAGAAGUAUGACGGCCACCAGCAGUUCUUUGCCAUCGUGCAGCUCAUUGGAACGCGCAAACAGGCCGAGAACUUUGCCUACCGGCUGGAGCUCAACGGGCACCGGCGGCGGCUCACCUGGGAGGCCACACCCCGCUCCAUCCACGAAGGCAUCGCCACCGCCAUCAUGAACAGUGACUGUCUGGUGUUCGACACCUCCAUAGCACAGCUGUUUGCUGAGAACGGCAACCUGGGCAUCAAUGUCACCAUCUCUAUGUGCUGAUUGUUAUCCACUACAGAUACAGAUACUCACACAGUACAGGACGCUGUUAAAGGAAAUGGGGGGGGGAAAAGGCCACCAAAAGCAGCUCAAACCCAGGGAAUUCUCUGGUUGGUAAUACCAAGAAUAUGGUUGGGUUAUUUAAUAAGUUUUGCUAACCAAACGUUCUCUAAAGUUGUUUUAAAAUGACACUUUUGCAAAAAAAAAAAAAAAAAAAUUUCAAGCUCAGAUUUAGACUUAUGCAAAAAUUAUUAUAUUAAAUUCCAGUCCCCAACCCAGGGAAGAAUCGUGUUUACCUGGAGUCAGUCAGUCACCAACACAACGUUUGCCUGCAUGUUUGGGAUUGUAUUCAGGGACGGUAGGGAAGGUUUAUUUUGAAUACGAGUUUAAACUUGUGGGGCGUGACAGAAAUGUGUUGGCAUACAUGUAAGUUCAAAGGUCAAGUACGUUGGGUUUGUUCUUCCCAUAGAUGAAAUCUGAAAAUGACCCUGCUUUUCAUAUUGCGUGCCUGCAUCCCAGUCUACUCCUAUUUUGUCCACUUCAGAUUCAUGAGGUUUUGAAGUGUGGGUGACUGGCUGAAAUCAUCAUUAAUCUGGCACUCCUGAAUAAGUGCAAAAGUGUUUGCCCAUACCACUGAACAUGCAGGGGACGAUUUGUAGAAUUGCAUAGAUGAUAUUGUUGUCAUUUUUGUAAUGAAUUUUAAAAAGGAACGAAACAGCUGUGGUUCAUCUUCAGUGUUUUCUGGACUGUACGUGUGUGUUGUUCGGUUUUGUCUUUGUUACAGGAACACAAAGUGCAGAAGCGGGUUUCGGACAUGCAGAACUGCUCCUCCUCGCAGCCGCCCUCUACAUGUUUGACUAACUCAUCCUUUUUUGUGUCGCCAUCGUUUUGUCUUCAGAUGAUGAUCUUCAGGUUUCCUGAAGUUUUUUUUGGCACUCUCCUCCCUCUGUGGUAGGUCGGUUCCAUGGAACACUAAAGAAAUUGUCUUCGUUAUUUUGUUAAAAACUGGAAAAUGGUUAUUAAAAUGAUCAAAUUUA